AUGUCCGCUGUGCCUUCACCGUUUCUAGAGCCUGGCGAGCGCACCAAACCCGGCUCUCUAGCCAUCGUCAGCUUGGCGCGUGACGAUUUUGACGCCAUUCGCCUCGAAAAGUCCUCUGGAGCCGUCGACGGAUACGCAGAGGGAGCAACGUUAAACACCAGAUUCGGCUCGUUUCCACAUUCGACGCUACUUGACAUACCCUGGGGCUCUCAAGUCCGCGCAUCGGCGGUAGACACAGGAUCGCGAGGCCGCAAACGUCGCUUAGAAACGACCGACGACGAUACACCGGCCGCAAGCCAAGACGAGAGCGGCAAAGCGCCGGCGAAAAAGGCCACUGUAGCCACCAGUGGCUUCAUUUACAUUCUGAGGCCUUCUCCGGAGCUCUGGACGAGCAGCCUGCCGCAUCGAACUCAAGUCGUUUACACACCCGACUACAGCUACAUUCUGCAACGCAUACGAGCUCGUCCCGGCACGAGAAUAAUAGAGGCCGGCGCAGGCAGCGGCAGUUUCUCGCAUGCUUCCGCACGAGCAGUGUAUAAUGGCUACCCCGCAGACGAGUUCGAUACCAAGGGCAAGGUGUUUAGCUUCGAGUUCAACGAGGACCGGUUCCACAAGAUGACAGAGGAGAUUGAAAGCCAUUCCCUCUCCGAUAUUGUGCAAAUACAACAUCGAGAUGUUUAUAGAGAUGGGUUCAUGGUGGAUGGGAAAUCACCCAAUGCCACGGCCGUGUUUCUCGAUCUGCCAGCUCCAUGGAAAGCUCUCCAGCAUCUGUCACGGCGUAGUGGCUCCUCACCCCUGGACCCCAAGCAGUCGGUCCAUAUCUGCACAUUUUCGCCCUGCAUUGAGCAAGUAUCAAGAACAGUCACCGAGCUGCGGACGCUCGGUUGGACCGAUGUCGAUAUGGUUGAGAUUUCACAACGCCGCCUCAACGUCACGCGCGAGCGAGUCGGAGUCAACAUGCCCAACGAGCGUGGCAACUCACAAACACCAGCCGAUGUCCUCGAAGCCGUGACCAAGCUGCGCAAAGUAAAUCAGCAGAACAAACAGUUUCAAAAAGCCCAACUUGCUCAGAACAAGAAAAGCGCCACCGCUGCUGCUGCUGCCGUCGCUGAGCCAAUGGACAUUGACUCAUCGGCUGCGGCAUCGGAGGCCGUGCCCGCGUCAGACGAGCUUGCGAUAGACGAAUACCACGACAAGCCUUGGAUGCAAGGACGGCUCACUCACCGUUCCGAGAGCGAUCUCAAGACACACACUUCGUAUCUCGUCUUUGCGGUGCUGCCGCCUGAAUGGUCCAAGGAGGACGAGGAAAAAGCCCUGGCCAAGUGGCCGUGUGGCCAGGAGAGCAAGGUCAUUGGCAACGUGGACAAGCAAUUACGCAAAAAGGAAAAGAGGGAGCAGCUUGCGUCUCGAACCAAGAAGCGCAAGGCUAAGAAUGAACCGCUUGAUGCGCUGCCCAAGAAAGUAAAACCAGAUAAUGAUACCCAAGCCGAAUCUGAGAGUGCACCAGCUACAGAAUAG